AUGGACGUUGGUUCUGUCUUGCUUAAUUCCUUGGCGGCAGACAAUGCUACCCGUAUUGCUGCUGAACAACAGCUCACCCAAGCUGCUGAAGCCAACUUUUCAGGAUAUCUCGUCACACUCGUAGAACAGUUAGCAAAUGAAGAAGCACAAGGUUCCGUCCGAGCUGCUGCUGGUAUCGCCCUCAAAAACGCCUUUACAGCCCGCGAAUAUGCCCUGCAACGCGAGUUACAAGAUAAAUGGCUACAGGUUGAACCAGAGACUAGGAAGCGUGUGAAGGACCUAACUCUUCAAGCUCUAUCCUCAAACAACAAUCAAGCCGGUCAAACAGCUGCGCAAGUUAUAUCCUCAAUAGCAACCAUCGAACUGCCUAGGGAUCAAUGGCCAGAACUUAUGCCCGCUUUGGUGCGAAAUGUGGGAGAGGGUAGCGACCAUCUCAAGCAGGCUUCCUUGACUACUCUGGGAUUUAUUUGCGAGACCCAGGAUGCGGAAUUGAGACAGAGCCUCGUACAGCAUUCUAAUGCCAUCUUGACAGCAGUCGUCCAAGGUGCCCGAAAGGAAGAACCAAAUUUGGAAGUACGACUAGCAGCUAUCGAUGCCCUUGGCAACUCGUUGGAGUUUGUGGAUAGCAACUUCAAGAAUGAGGGAGAGCGGAAUUAUAUCAUGCAGGUUAUCUGCGAGGCCACACAAGCUACCGAUUCAAGGAUACAACAAGGUGCUUUUGGAUGCCUCAACAGAAUCAUGUCGCUGUAUUAUGACUUGAUGCGCUUUUACAUGGAGAAGGCCCUCUUCGGACUUACGAUUAUGGGAAUGAAGAGUGAAGAGGAAGAUGUAGCCAAGCUUGCCGUUGAAUUCUGGAGCACAGUCUGUGAGGAGGAGAUCGCCAUUGAGGAUGACAAUGCUCAGGUUGAAGAAGUUUCUUUGAUGCGACCAUUUUACAAUUUCAGCAAGGUUGCAACUAAUGAGGUUGUUCCCGUUCUUUUGAUGCUUUUAACAAAGCAGGAUGAAGAUGCUGCUGAUGAUGAAUACAACAUCUCCCGUGCCGCAUACCAAUGCUUACAACUUUACUCACAAGCAGUUGGUGGUUUAGUUAUCCAACCUGUUUUGAGCUUUGUUGAACAAAAGCUUCGUGGAGAGGAUUGGCAUGAUCGUGAUGCUGCUGUCUCCGCUUUCGGCGCCAUCAUGGAAGGACCGGAUGAGAAAACACUUGAGCCAAUCGUCAAACAGGCACUACCUGUUAUCAUUAGCAUGAUGGAUGAUAAAUCCAUUCAUGUUAAAGACUCGGCAGCCUAUGCUCUUGGUCGUAUUACUGAAGCUUGCUCAGAGGCUAUCGACCCAGCUACUCACUUGCCAAAGUUGAUCGCAUCUUUGUUCGAAGGUCUCAUCAGCAGUCCUAAGAUGGCAGGCUCAUGCUGUUGGGCUUUAAUGAACCUUGCUGAACGCUUCUCUGGAGAUAUCGGAUGCCAGGAAAAUCCUAUCUCACCCCAUUUCAACGAGAGCAUCUCGAGACUUCUUCAAGUUACCGAGAGACCUGACGCGGAUAACGCAUUAAGAACCGCCGCAUACGAAGUUCUCAACACCUUCGUCAUGAAUGCUGCCAAUGACAGUCUUCCAUCUGUCGGUGAACUCUCUGGGGUUAUAAUCAAGAGACUGGAAAGUACUCUUCCUCUUCAGUCUCAAGUUGUCAGCGUGGAAGACAGAAUCACUCUUGAGGAGAUCCAAGUCAGCUUGUCCACCGUCUUGUUGGCAAUUAUUCAACGUCUUGAGAAAGAGGUUACUCCUCAAGCUGACCGAAUCAUGACCAUCUUACUUCAAAUUCUCAGCGCUUGUGGGCCUAAAUCGAGCGUUCCUGAUGCAGUCUUCGCCACUGUCAGCAGUCUGGCGAAUGCUCUCGAGGAAGGUUUCGCUAAUUACAUGGAGGCUUUUGCCCCAUUCCUUUACAAUGCUCUUGGUAAUCAGGAAGAGCCAAGUUUGUGCUCCAUGGCCAUUGGCCUCGUCAGUGAUAUUACCCGUUCAAUGGGCCCACCAUGCCAACCAUAUUGCGACACAUUUAUGAACUAUUUAUUGAACAAUUUGAGGAGCACAGCACUUGCCAACCAAUUCAAGCCUGCCAUUCUUCAGUGUUUCGGAGAUAUCGCAGGUGCUAUUGGUGGCCACUUUGAGACAUACUUGUCCGUCGUUGCUCAAGUUCUUCAACAAGCAGCUGGCGUUCAGGCUAGUCCCGAUGGAUCCUAUGAGAUGUUCGAUUACGUCAUCUCUCUGAGGGAAGGCAUCAUGGACGCUUGGGGUGGUAUCAUUGGUGCCAUGAAGAUGGAUAACAAGAAUGACCUGUUACGCCCUUACGUUGAGUCAAUCUUUGGCCUUCUCAACACCAUCUGGGUCGAUCAACACCGAAGUGAUGCUCUUAUGAGAUCAGCUAUGGGCGUCAUUGGUGAUCUUGCUGAUGCUUUCCCUAAUGGAGAGUAUUCCUCAUAUUACCGUGCUGAUUGGGUCAUGUCAAUGAUCAAGGAGACCAAGUCGAACAGAGAAUUCCAAACUAGAACCAUCGAUACCGCACGGUGGGCUCGUGAGCAAGUCAAGCGUCAAACUGGUGGUAGCGCAGGAACUAUUCAAACUUGA